CUGUCAUAUGAUCUCCCUUGAACGAUUAGCACACGGUGCAAGAUCUCAAAGUUUAAAUGAUGUUACUGCUGAAUUGAAGAAAUGUCAUUUAGAACUUUCUUAGAGGAUAAUGUCUGGGUUCCAAUAGUAGCUGGUGUAGUCCUAUUGAUUGCUGUAGUUAUUAUUAUUUAUUGCAUGUGUACCAGAUGCAGACGAUGUCGUCGCUUUGACUACACAGCUUUGAGGGAUGAACAGUCACUACCACAGAAAAUCAGAUUUGAAAAAACUCAGCAGGAAAACAUUUUGAGAGAUGAAGCAUGGAUGAGUUGUCAGUUUUAUAUGAGAUCUAAUCCACAAUAUGAUUCCGUCCAAAGAAUGGAAAAUAUUGGUUCUAGAUUUGGUCGACAUUGGUUUAGUGUCAAAGACAGCAUGAAUAAAGAAAAUGUUCUGACAAUAACACAACUGUGUUCUAACAUACCUAUACCAUUCAGUUCAUCAACAAGAAGAACAUUAAAAGAAUUGUUUUCAAUAUUAAAACAUCCGUAUGUUUUCCCGACAACAGAUAUAGAUUUUGUAAUAGACCAGAAGCUUGUUGUUGUUGUUCAGCCUGUAGCAAGCAGAGGGUCACUUAAAGAUUAUAUUUUCCAGAAACGCUAUUCAGGAAGUUACCAAGAUAAAUAUUUCCACAAAACCAAAGGAUUAAUAAAUACUCAAGUUAAACUUUUUGGGAGACAGAUUUUAGAGGCAUUACUGUAUUUAGACAGCAAAGGGUUUCCAACACAUGGGCAUUUAACCUCUAGUAAUGUUAUGAUAUCUGAUGGAUGUUGCACUGUUAUCUGUAGGUUGGCUGCCAUAGAGAAUUCAUUCCUAGGAUAUACAUCAAAACUGUAUCCACUCAUACAGAAAAAAAUUAGUAAACAAAUAGAUGCCAUAGACAGUGUCUGUUUUGGUCAUUUGUUUUAUGAGAUGUGUACUGGUAAACAACUACUGACAGCUCACCCAACACCAGUAGACUUGUCUGAGUGCAAAAAUCCUGAAGCUGUAAAUGUAAGUUAA